CGUCCGGGGAGCCCGGGAGGAGCCCCCAGAGGAGCACCCCGGGAGGAGGUCGGGGAGGAAGCCGGGGAGGAGGAGCCCGAGAGGAGCACCCCGGGGGGAGCACCCAGGAGGAGGAGCCCCCGGAGGAGCACCCCGGGAAUAUUUGGAGUUCUUACAACAUGGCAGACAUUGACAACAAAGAACAGUCUGAACUUGAUCAAGAUUUGGAUGAUGUUGAAGAAGUAGAAGAAGAAGAAACUGGUGAAGAAACAAAAAUCAAAGCGCGUCAGCUGACUGUUCAGAUGAUGCAAAAUCCUCAGAUUCUUGCAGCCCUUCAAGAAAGACUUGAUGGUCUGGUAGAAACACCAACAGGAUACAUUGAAAGUUUGCCUAGGGUAGUUAAAAGACGAGUGAAUGCUCUCAAAAAUCUUCAAGUUAAAUGUGCACAGAUAGAAGCCAAAUUCUAUGAGGAAGUUCAUGAUCUUGAAAGAAAGUAUGCUGUUCUCUAUCAACCUCUGUUUGAUAAGCGAUUUGAGAUCAUUAAUGCAAUUUAUGAACCUACGGAAGAAGAAUGUGAAUGGAAACCAGAUGAGGAGGACGAAAUUUCAGAGGAGCUAAAAGAAAAAGCCAAGAUUGAAGAUGAGAAAAAGGAUGAAGAAAAAGAAGACCCCAAGGGAAUUCCUGAAUUCUGGUUGACUGUUUUUAAGAAUGUUGACUUGCUCAGUGAUAUGGUUCAGGAACACGACGAACCUAUUCUGAAGCACUUGAAAGAUAUUAAAGUGAAGUUCUCAGAUGCUGGCCAGCCUAUGAGUUUUGUCUUAGAAUUUCACUUUGAACCCAAUGAAUAUUUCACAAAUGAAGUGUUGACAAAGACCUAUAGGAUGAGGUCAGAACCAGAUGAUUCUGAUCCCUUUUCUUUUGAUGGACCAGAAAUUAUGGGUUGUACAGGGUGCCAGAUAGAUUGGAAAAAAGGAAAGAAUGUCACUUUGAAAACCAUUAAGAAGAAGCAGAAACACAAGGGACGUGGGACAGUUCGUACUGUGACCAAAACAGUUUCCAAUGACUCUUUCUUUAAUUUUUUUGCCCCACCUGAAGUUCCUGAGAGUGGAGAUUUGGAUGAUGAUGCUGAGGCUAUCCUUGCUGCAGACUUCGAAAUUGGUCACUUUCUACGUGAGCGUAUAAUCCCAAGAUCAGUGUUAUACUUUACUGGAGAAGCUAUUGAAGAUGAUGAUGAUGAUUAUGAUGAAGAAGGUGAAGAAGCGGAUGAGGAAGGGGAAGAAGAAGGAGAUGAGGAAAAUGAUCCAGACUAUGACUCAAAGAAGGAUCAAAACCCAGCAGAGUGCAAGCAGCAGUGAAGCAGGAUGUAUGUGGCCUUGAGGAUAACCUGCACUGUAAUAGCCUAAACACAACUAUUAUUUACUUACAGCCUUAUGUUUUUGUAUUUUCUUGGUAGACUCAGUAAUUUUUUUUAAAGGAAAGGAACUGAUAAUUUUAGACCAAUUUGUUCUACGUAGCAUUUUCACUCUAGUUUUUCUGGCAGUUCUAUUGACUGCACAAAUUCUUCCACGCAUGUUUGUUCAUCACUACGUGGUUUGGUUCUUCGGGAGUAAUUUGUAUCCUGUAACAAAGAGUGUAGAUUACAGCCAUGAAAGGGAACAGAACUAUUAAAAGAAACAGUUUGAUAAUUUUUUUUUCCUGAAGAACCAAAGUGUUUUUUUAGCUGGUAGUUGAAUUGGGUUUAUGUUGGCUUGCACUAGCUGUGCCUUUCAUGACUUUGUUAUAGAAAUGCAGUGACUUAGACUAAGACAAUUCCUCAUUUAAAAAACAAAACUUGUUGAGACAAAUAUAUGGUUAAGAAUUUCCAGUAAGACCACAACUGAUAACUAGAUUAUUAAUGGAAUUUUGUAUUUUAGGUGACAUAGUUAGAAACCUAGUAAGGAAAUAAUAGUAAAGAAACCUAACUCAUAGUGUGGAUAUUACUAUAGGGAGGUGAAUAAAACCUAUUUUCAGAAGUUAAGCCUCAUUAUUUUAACUGUACUUUUAAAUUUAACUUCCAUUAACUAAGCAUCUUUUCUUUAUGGUAGGGUCUACCUUCUGCUUCCCUGGAAAGGAUGAAUUUACAUCAUUUGACAAGCCUAUUUCGAGUUUUUUGUUGUUACUGUUUGUUUGCUUGUUUUUGUUUUUGCAGCCUAAAAUAAAAAUGUCAAAUAUAA